CGGAAACCCUGGGGCUGCUCCUAGAGCGAGGGUGCCCGCGACGGGACGGCCGCUUGGCCUGCCCCUCCGCUCGGUGAUGGUCCUUGUCCUCCAUAACAGGGAUGGAGGAAAUAUCCGCCCAGGAAGCAGCAGGAUCACCAGUUGUCCAGUUUCAGUCUUUGGAGAGCCUGUCUGAGGGUCUGUCCCCAGAGCCUCCGUUCGUGCAGGACACCGACAUGGAACAGGAGCUCAACGGGGGAUUUCCAAUUUCCAAGCCUGAUGGGAUCUCCCAGCGGGAACAAGAUCUACAGGUCUUUGAUCUGGAAACUAAGAAUAGAGAAGUCUUAAGAGAUGACUGCUCAGAUGGAGAGACCAGAGAAGAGAACAAGCUGUUGAUUCCUAAGCAGGAAAUUUUGGAAGAAGUACAUUCAUACAAAGUGAGAGUAGGAAGACUCAAAAAGGAUAUUGCCCAAGUUCCUGGGACUAGAGAAGUGUCUAAACCUGAGGACAGAUUAGAAAGGCUUCAGGAAAUCCUAAGGAAAUUUCUCUUCCUGGAGAGAGAAUUUAGGCAGAUAACAAUCAGCAAGAAAGCCUUCACCAGUGACAAUGAAUGUAAUGAACCUGAAAAAAGCUUCAAUCUGGACUCUACCCUUGAUACAGAACAGAGAGUUCUUAGAAUACAGAAUAUUGAUGAUACUGAUAAGUAUGACAUGGGUGUGAACCAGAAUUCAGCUGCUGGUAAACAAGAACAAAUAAAUCUCAUACAGGAUGUUCAGAGUAGUGAAUAUAAGGAAAGCUUAAUGGAUCUCUCCCACCUUAGUAAAUGUGACAGCAUUCCUGCCACAGAGAAAUCCUAUAAAUGUGAUGCAUGUGAGAAAGUCUUCCAUCAGAGCUCUGCCCUUUCUAGACAUCAGAGAAUUCAUACUAGAGAGAAACCCUACAAAUGUAAAGAAUGUGAAAAAUCUUUCAGUCAGAGUUCAAGUCUUAGUCGACAUAAAAGAAUACACACUAGAGAAAAACCCUAUAAAUGUGAAGCAUCUGAUAAAUCCUGUGAAGCAUCUGAUAAAUCCUGUAGUCAGAGCUCAGACAUAACUCCACAUAAGAGGAUUCACACUAGAGCAAAGUCUUAUAAAUGUAGUAAUUGUGAAAGGGUUUUCAGUCGUAGUGUACAUCUUACUCAACAUCAGAAGAUUCACAGAGAGAUGCCCUGUAAGUGUACUGUAUGUGGCAGUGACUUUCAUCAUACCUCAUACCUUGCCGAACAUCAGAAAGUCCACUGUGAAGAGAAAGCCUAUGAAUACAAUGAUUGUGGGUUGACCUUUAUGAAACAUCAAGGAAUUCAUCUCAGAGAAAAGCCCUAUACGUGUAAUGAAUGUGGAAAAGACUUCAGAUUGAAUUCCCAUCUUAUUCAGCAUCAAAGAAUUCACACAGGAGAGAAACCACACGAAUGUAAUGAGUGUGGAAAAGCUUUCGGUCAAACUUCAUGCCUUAUUCAGCAUCACAAAAUUCAUGGGAAAGAGAAGUCUUAUGAGUGUAAUGAUUAUGAGGAAAGUUUCAAUCAUAGCUCAGAUCUUGUUCUGCAGCAAGAAGUCCUCACCAGAGAAAAAGCCUUUGAUUGUGAUGCAUGGGAAAAGAACCUCAGUCAGAGAGCACACCUUGUUCAACAUCAAAGAAUUCAUACCAAAGAGAAACCUUAUGAAUGUGACGAACGUGGGGAGACGUUUAGUCAAAGUCAGGCCUCAUUCAACAUCUGAGAGUUCACACCAGGGAGAAAUUAUAUAUGUACUGAAGGUGGUGAAGCCUUCAGUCAAUAGCUCAACCUUAUUCAGCAUCAGAGAAUCCACACCAGAGAGAAACCCUCUGAAUGUGAUGAAUGUAGGAAAACUAUUUGUCAGUGUUAAACUUCAUCGACAUCUGCAAACCCAUACCAAUGAGAAAAUCUAUGAAUAUAUUGAAUGUGGUAAAUGCUUCAUGCUAUUUUCAUACCUUAGUCACCAUUGGAGAAUUCUUACUGGAAUAAAAUUCCAUCACUGUAAUAAAUGUGAAAUAGCCUUCAAAGAAACUACCUUGUUCAGCAUCAAAUUCAUUCCAUGCAGAAAGCCUAUGAAUGUAAUAAGCAUGUAUGCGCAUGGGAGGAUUCAGUCAUAGUCUACCCCUUAUUCAACGUCAAAGAAUCUGUGCCCAGGAGAAGCCAUUCAAGUGUAGCAAAGGUGACAGAUCUUUCAGUGGGAGUUCAAGUCUUUUUUCAUCAUUAGAAUCUCCACACCAGACCAGAAUCUGAUAUAAUGC